AUGCUAUCUGCAGGCGCUAUCCGCAAGCUGCCUCUUCGGGCGGGCCAGGGGUCUCGGGCACUCUGUGUCGGCAAUCCUCUACUCCGCGCCCAGAGUCAGGCGUCUCUGCGCAUGGAUGCACUGCAUCCUAGAUGCAUGUCCACGCUGACCCGAUCCCCGGCUUUAUCCCGGCUACCAAGCAGAAACACUCUCCAACACAAGGGCCUACGGGUACUACCCACAAGGACAUCUCUUCUUGCACCACACAGGCGGUGGGCCGCCUCUCAACCCCCUGGGGGCCAGAAGGACUCAGAGUCUCAAAAGUCGGUUCAUGCAUUGCUCGCAAAGAAGCACCAGUAUCUGCGCAAGGAAGUACCGACUAACCACGAAAGCAGGCCUGUUUCUACCACGAAGCGCAUCUUGUCCAAGAUCCCCCUGGGAAACACACACGAGAACAUCUACACCAUCCCGAAUAUUCUCACCUUUUCGCGGCUAGUCGCCGCACCCGUGGUUGGCUAUCUACUUGUCCACGACUACCAUGCAGCUGCACUGUCGUUGUUUGCAUAUGCGGGUAUUACCGAUCUCGUCGAUGGUUGGAUUGCUCGAAAGUACCAGCUGCAGACCGUGGUGGGGACCAUUAUCGACCCCAUGGCCGAUAAGCUGCUGAUGACGAUUGGUGUGGCCUGCUUGGCGGUGAACGGAUCUCUCCCAGUAUGGUUAGCUGUAGUUAUUCUCGGUCGCGACGUUGGCCUGGCCAUCUCGGCAAUCUACUAUCGGUGGAUCUCUCUUCCGCCGCCAAAGACCAUGGCGCGCUACUGGGAUUUCUCCCUGCCAUCGGCAGAGGUCAAGCCUACUGAGAUCUCGAAGAUCAAUACGGCCCUGCAGCUGGUACUGGUGGGUAGUGCGAUUGCCCUCCCUGUGGUGCCGGAGUCGAUUAUUACCGCCUGGCAUUUGAGUGAGGUGAUGACUGGAUUCCAUACAUACGACCAUAGGGUGUGGAGAACAGGGCUUCCCGUCCGCUCAGCCGUACUUAAGCCACACGCCGGCAGGUACCUUGUCGCCGGCACCACCCUCUGGUCGGGCCUCAGCUACGUCUUCUCAAACAAUGCGGUAAAGAUCCUGAGUAAGGAAGAGAUUCAGAAGCGGAUUGCUCAGGCGGCCAACAAACGCAAGCCUUGA